AUGGCGGCAUCAAAUCGGCCCCAGCACCUGUUCCCGGAUGCCUGGAGCACUGUCUCGGCUGGAUCAAACGAUUCAGCCAUCGACGACGAGUCAGACAGCGAUGAUCAGACACAGACUCACAGGCUCUCCCGGGCUCCCUCACGGUCGCCGGUGGCGGAUGUUUCGUUGGUGGGCUCGUUUAGAAGGUCCUCGUUCACCUACGGCCAAUCUCGGCCGACUUUCGUACCGUCGUCCCCGCUCCCUACAGCUGUUGAAACACUCAGCACGACGGAGAGAGAAACGAUGCUGGAGCAAGAGCGUGAGCUUCUGCGAGAUGCUGCUGCUGACCGGAGGAGGAACUAUGGCAGUACCGCGAGGAGACCUUCCAGCCCUCCGAGCUCGAUUAUGUCUCUGGGACCACGGGCAUUUCCCACGUCCAGCAGCGACGACGACGAGACUACUGGCUUACUCAAAUCGACGGUUCAAUGGGAGGAGGCUGUCGAAGCGGGACGGAUCCAUACGACCUACUGGAGGGAGAUAAAGGUGGUGGCGAAAUCUGCACCUUUGCUCUAUGUUACCUUUGCUCUCCAAUACAGCUUGACGAUUGCGUCGAUAUUUGCCGCUGGCCGAUUGGGCAAGAACGAACUUGCCGGCGUCUCGUUGGGUUCCAUGACGGCCACGAUCACUUCCAAUGCGAUAAUUCAGGGAUUAUCGACCGCAUUGGACACUCUAUGCGGGCAGGCAUACGGAAGCGGGAACAAGACUCUCGUCGGCCUUCACGUGCAACGAAUGGUUUGCUUUCUCAUGGUGGUUUCUUGCGCCGUGGCUAGCCUCUGGAUGUGCUCCGAACCGAUUCUGAAUGCCAUCAUUCCCGAACGCGAACUGGUGGCCUUUGCCAGUCUGUACCUGAGGGUCCUUGCAUUUGGUAUUCCCGGCUAUGCCAUCUUCGAGUCCGGAAAGCGGUUUGUUCAGGCACAAGGACUGUUCAUGGCUUCGACCUAUGUGCUGUUGAUUUGCGCACCUACAAAUGCCGUGCUCAAUUACGUCCUUGUACAGCGCUUCGGUUACAUCGGCGCUCCGAUCGCGGUGGUAAUUACCGACUGGCUUAUGGCCCUGCUGUUGAUCUUGUACGUCCGGUUCGUGCGGGGAAUGGAGUGCUGGGGUGGCUUCUCCCGGAAGGCACUGUACAACUGGUCACCAAUGAUCAAACUUGCGGUCCCGGGGCUCAUCAUGCUGGAAGCCGAAUGGCUAGCAUUCGAGAUCCUCACACUGAUGGCGGCAUACUGGAGCACGGCACAUGUCGCGGCACAGUCGAUCCUCUCCACCACUGCAUCACUGACGUUCCAACUCUCAUUCGCGCUCUCCGUUGCCGUUUCCACUCGUGUCGCGAAUCUUCUGGGAGCGACACUUGGAGACUCGGCAAAAAUGGCGGCACAGCUGGGAUUGAUGCUGGCGGCAGGUGUGGGGCUGUUCAAUUUCAUCUUGAUAUUGGCAACUAGGCACUGGGUUGCUAGGUUGUUCACGCAGGAUCCCGAAGUCAUACAGCUAUUCGUGAAGACCAUUCCCCUUGGUGCCGUGUUCCAGCUGUUUGACGCUAUUGGCGCCUGCACCGCGGGACUCCUUAGAGGACAAGGCCGUCAACACCUAGGAAGCUACAUUAACUUGUUUGCGUACUACAUCCUCGCAAUGCCGAUCUCAAUCAUUGGCGCGUUCGUUUUCGACAUGCAGCUGCUGGGCCUGUGGAGCGGCGUCGCUGUGGCUCUCCUGUUUAUUGCCGUGGUGGAGACGACAAUCAUCAUGAGAACCGACUGGGAUAAGGUUGUGCACGAGGCGAAGGAACGGGUGGAGACCAGUUAG